AUGAUUUUGUCAUGGAUAUUCACUUUGGCAGCUGCAAUACCUUCCACGUUAGGUCAUAGGAAUCGAAUUCAAGAUGAUGAUCAGAUGAUUGUGAUUUCUGAUAGCACAUAUUCGUUGAAUAUGGAAGAUUUUGCAUUUGCUGAUAAACUGACAAAGGAAGAACUAUUUGGGAAACAUAUCCCGGUGGAAGUUGUAAAUGAUUUCAAAUCAGAUAUUCGAUUACCAAGGAGACAUAAAAGAAACGGAGUAUCUCGAGCAGCGAAACUAUGGCCAAAUGCUCGAAUUCCCUACGCCAUCUCACCUCAUUACUCUCCCCACGAGAGAGCUCUUUUAGCGAAAGCAGUAAAACAGUAUCAUGAAAAAACAUGCAUUCGAUUUGUUCCCCGACAAGCCGGAGAGCCAGAUUACCUUUUUAUUGGAAAAGUGGAUGGAUGCUUCUCGGAAGUUGGAAGAACUUCAGGUGUCCAAGUGUUGUCUCUGGAUAACGGAUGCAUGGAAUAUGCAACAAUUAUCCAUGAAAUGAUGCAUGUUGUUGGGUUCUAUCAUGAACAUGAACGAUGGGACCGCGAUAACUUUAUUGAUAUUAUUUGGCAAAACAUUGAUAGAGGAGCACUGGAUCAAUUUGGAAAAGUCGAUUUAUCAAAGACAUCUUAUUACGGUCAACCGUAUGAUUACAAAUCCAUACUUCAUUAUGAUAGCUUGGCUUUUUCAAAAAAUGGGUUCCCAACGAUGCUGCCAAAGGUUAAGUCAGCCACAAUUGGAAACGCCCGUGAUUUUUCCGAUGUAGAUAUUUCGAAAAUCAACCGGAUGUACAAUUGUCCACUCGAAAAAAGUGUGACAGCUCCAUUCGCCAGAGCUAGGCACGUACCUAUUUAUUCUCCACAAUAUCAGCAAUAUCAUCAUAAAUACGAAGAUCGACCGAAGAUUCCACUUCGAUCAUUCGAUAUGCAACAAGGACCAAUAAUGCCUCCAAUGGCACAAGUUCCAUCACAAAGUCUUGUUGUUUCGAGCAGUUCUGGACGGGUGAACUAUAAUACAAACAAGCCAUCUACAAACUCUCAAUGCGAAGACCGGAUAACUGUUUGUUGGUGGACGGCGGAUCGGUGUAGAUCUCCAGCAAUUUAUCAGGUUAUGUCAUCGUUGUGUCCAAAAACAUGCAAAUUCUGCUAG